AAGAGAAUUUCUUAGAGAUGACAAUUCGAAGUAGAAAUUUGCAUUCGAGUGAAAUUAAAAGUGGCUCGACGUGUUCUCGAAAAGCGAAACGUGUUAUGUGACACGCGGUAUAUGACGCGCGAUGCGCUCGGCAUGCGCACUCCCUCGUGGUUGGCAGGCUCGCAGCAACGUGCAGCGCACGUUGUUGGCACGAGUCACGAGCCAGGGAACGGAACGAUUUGAGAGGAUCUCUGUAGGAUCUACAGCCGUUUCGGAUUUCAGGAACGUGCCCGCGAUUCCGCCGCCGCUGACGACGACGACGACGACGACGAUGUCGAACCGACUCACGAUCGACGAGUUUCCCGCUUUGAGGUCGAAGCAUGUUUACAUCAAGGACGAGGCCGCCGUCCUGGAGACGAUAAACGCGAUUCGACAAGGUGGCGUGAAUAAUCUGCAGAUAGUCACGGAUUUCGACUUAACCGUUACGAAGCAGCACAUAGACGGCAACCAUGUACUCAGUAGCUUCGGUAUGUUCCGAAAAUGCAAGCAAUUGCCGCAGCGGUAUUUGGACGAGGCUAGGGAUUUGUACAACAAGUACAGACCUAUGGAGAUAGAUCCGGAGAUGUCUCUGAAACAGAAGGCGGACGCUAUGCGCGACUGGAUGAGCGCCGCGCAAAAUUUACUGAAGGGCAUCGAGUUCGAUCCUCACGAAUUGGAGGAGGUCGCCCAAGGGUUCGACAAUAUAUUGCGCGACGGCACGGAAGAGCUUUUCGAGAAGCUCGCCGACGCGAGGGUGCCGAUUGUCGUGUUUAGCGCCGGUCUGGGUGACAUAGUGGAGGUUGUGCUGAGGUACCACAAUGCUCUCUUCGAUAACGUAAGAGUAAUCUCCAACUUUCUCAAGUAUAACGGAAAUCAAUUGGAUGGCUUUAAGAACGACGUGCUCAUACACGCGUACAACAAGAAUGAGUGCGCGCUGGAGAAAGAUUAUCUGAAGCUACUUCAAAAGAGACAGAAUGUAUUGCUAAUGGGCGACACGAUCGGCGAUGCUAACAUGGUGAAGGGAAUAGAGAACACCAAGGCGGUUCUGAAAAUCGGAUUCCUUUACGAGCACGUGGAGGCCAGCUUGGAGUCGUUCAUGGAAAACUUCGAUAUCGUUCUCGUCGACGAUCAAACGAUGCGAGUACCGAUGGGGAUACUACAAAACAUCUUGUAAUAAUGCAUAUCAGUUAAUGCUCUCUUUCAUCUGCGUAUACAUGUAUACGCAACUACGAAUGUGUAAAUCACGUCAUGCAUGCGUGACCAUCUCUCUGCAAGACCAGAGAACAGCUCAUUUUACAAUUAACAUGUUUCAAAUUAAGUGCAUUUUCUAAUAUAUCUUUGAUAAUAGCGUGUCUGCGCGUGAUGCGGACACGCUGAUAAGUUACGCUCAUCUCGCUGAUAUAUUUUGAAAGCGUGUACUUUGAAUAAAUUAAUUUUUUUAACUCAAACUAAAAAGUCGAGAUAUGUACUAUUUGUAAAUUUUAUAUGUCUAACAUGUGUGUGGAUGUUACGGCGCGUCUCUAAUUACAAAUGUUCUGUGUAAUUGUUCAUUGUAACUCGCGAAAACUUAGCAUCACGUGUCCUUCGAUAAUCGAUAUCUAAGCAUGAAAUUACAUCUCGUAUUUUUAUCAAGUAUUUUUACCAAGUCUAAUUUAAUGUUUUAAAAUAAUUUUAUUAUCAUCAAUUAUCUGUCAGAACAAAGAACGAAUAUAUCUUCCUAACAAUUAAGCAAUCGAAUAUCUCUAUAAAUUAAUUUUAAUGACUAAUUAGACUUGAUGUUGAGCAUUCAGAAAAUAUUCUAAGAUGUUGGAAAUUAAGUGUUAAGUUUUUGAGAAUUAAAAUAACUGAUAAAAAA